ACCACUUAGCCCUCCGUAGUACCUUUACUAUCCCCAACCGAAUCCACUAGUUCCUGACGUGAAUCCGCCAACAUACAGCACCUAGUCCUUCCACCCUGUUCUGGAAGUCCGUGUGAUACCCACCAGUCGCCGACUUCCCAGCCGAAUGUGCGAAACUACAUUACCUAAUAUUUAUGCGGAAGUUGGGGCUACUCUCCAAUCCCCGUACUAAGCGAUUGUAGUCCCCCGCAUCCGACCGUUGCGGUGUCUUGGCGUUCGUCGGUUUGAGCUGUUGGGUUCCUCCACUUUGGAGAACUAACUGACACCACCGCAGUGCAUUCUCUUACCAGUUUGGAUGUUAUAUGCCUCAUAUAAGUCACUAGCUGCGUAACAUUUAUCUACGGAGUAUGAUGGAAUAUCCAAUAUGAUUUGAAUAAUGACGACAAAUGCGACCCCUCCGCCCGACCUGGAAUUAUCCGACCUGCAACGACCCCCUUCCUCCUCAUCCUCCUCCGCAUCAUCACCGCAAUCACAGCCACAGCCGCAACAACCACCCGAAAUCGCCUUAAAGCGCCGCAUCAGCACCUGGUGGGUGGCAACCAUCCGACCAGUCCUCCGCACAGAAGAAGACGAUCCACGAGACUACCUAGCCCUGGAACGAACCCACCUAGCCUACAUCCGCACCUCCAACGCAAUCGCCUCCUUCGCAGUCGUCACCGCCCAGCUCUUCGUCUUACACAGCGACACCCGCUUCGUGGGCAAGGCCUUCGCGUGCGCUGUCCUCGGCCUCGCGAUCUACGUUACGCUUGACGGCGCCGUGCGGUAUUUUCGUCUUCAGGAACGCCUGCAGAGGGGCGUGCAUAAGACUUGGAAUUGGGAUUUGGGGAUUGUUACGGGGAUGUUUGUUGGGAUUGCGGUUGUGUCGAUUGUUUUGGUCUACGCUUUUGACUAGCUCGAGUCUGCCUGGACUUCGAGGAUGGAAGGUGUGAUUAUAUCGUUGGCUACGGUCCGACACAGAUAUGGGAUGGGUAUGACUUCAGCUUUGGGAUAGACGAACCGACUAUUUCCAACGCCACCCCUGAUUCCCGCAACCCCAGACUCCGACUUUCGACGUCAAGGACGCGCCUUUCGAGGGCCAGACUACAGGUUGUGAUCCAUUUCGGUGACCGUGUACCGUGGCUGGAAUGCCAUCUUGCAUUUGGUUGACCAUGAUGAUAUGGACCUUUACUCUUUCGUCAAGGAUACUCGAUGAUAGAGAAUUUCCAACGUCCUGUCUAAUAGAUGGAUAACGGAAUACCGAAUCAUCCUAUCUCCAUCGUCACCAUCCAAUAUCCUCUUCUGGACGGUCGGCAAACUGUCUUGGAACAGUACAAACGGGUGCGUCCGCUUGUCAGGUAAUAUAUGUCAACAUGCAUAUAUUAAGCAGCCAUGCAUUUGCUUCUCUGUUAAUGUCAAACAUGUGACAUGUCUAACAGGCUAUUUGUUUGUUUACAUGCAGUAUUGGGAUAAUCAUGUCAGUCAGAUAUAUAGUAUAGACCAGACUGAUGUACAUACUCAGAUUAAAGCAUACUGUCACAC